CCGAGAUCGAUGUCCCAGAUGGGCGACUCCGUGUCCCUUCGAUCUCAGCCCCAAUGUUCGACAUGGGAACUUUUUGUUGGUUCCCCAUUUUCAAAACAAAGGUUGGUCGGACGGCGGCCAGCACGUCUGCAACAAGAACGGCCACAGCUGUUCGCGCAGAGUCGUGGAUAUUUGAGGGCUGUCGCUUCGUAAUGGUUGACUGGCGAUUUCUAGAGCAACCCGGGGGUGUUGCAAUACGUCCGCUGCACCGAAAAGCUGUCCACAAUGAUAUGACCGCGGCCGUCCAGCCUUCCUCACCAUUGCCUGAACAGCCGCAUCACCGUGGUCACAGCUGACGUGGACGAGGUAUUUGGGGCGGAUUUCCCAGCAAGUGUGUUGUCGGCUUGGUCAUCUUCCACAUCGACAUGCAUUGCCAAAGACCAGUGCGUCGACCAUGGAAGUUGGCAAGGGACGCAGGUGUACUAUCCGGUUCGGCCGCCGCGGUCAUUCGAGCACGUGGUGGCGCAGCAGCGCGGAAGACAUUAUUUGCGUUUUGGCGGCCAAGCUGCGUUCGCUCUCUACCCUCCAGCAACGGGUCAAGGAGACGAAGGGAAUCCCCAUCGGGGGUGUUGUAUUCAGCAUCGCCUGGUCCAUUGCCCUGGGUCUCGCAGAAGUGACGUUGCUGCAAGUUUUCGGCAAGCAUUCGCAGGCCGGCUUCAAGUUCCCUGCUUUCCUGCCCAGGCAAUCCUGCCCAGUGUGGAACUGAGUUCGCGAAGUUUUUCUCUUCCAUGACGCUGUCCCCUUGUUCAGGAUUGGGUGGAGUCGAUUCAGACGCAGUCGUUACAUACACAUGGGCGGAUGUCGACGUAAGCAUGAGUGGCCAGUCCCUACUGCGACAAAAAACCUAACACGCAAUGGAUGUUUGCAAUGAGUGCGCGAAUCGCCCCGACGAUUUAGGCAGCUCGGGGAGCCUUCCAUGAUCAUUGCGGCCCGGAGGCGUGCAUUGCAGCUGUUUGCGGAGCUGGUGACGAUAAGGCUUCUGGAGCUCGUGCUUGACUGCCACCUGUCAGUCGAUCCAGCACGCAUCCUGCGAGCCCUGGUGCAUUCGCCCCAGUGAGUCACAUGUUACGUUGUCCGCCUGUGGCUGAAAUCUUGUACAGCCAGGGCGCUGAAAAAGGAACCCUUUUCGUUUGGGAGGGGCUCCGUGUUCC